ACAAGAUGUAAAACGAUAAGAAUGAAGCCCCUGUUAUUACAGACAAUACUCAAUGGCCUUCUGUGCGAUAAUAACACAAUCGAUAAGCCGGUUAUUCAGAGGAAUCAAGCGAAUCGGAAUUCGGAAUAAUUGAACUUACUUUUUGGUUUCACGGUCUCCCUUUGAAAUGGGGGAUUUUUUUAUUGAAAGCCCAAAACUGCGAACAAGUAUAUAAUAUGCGACUGAAGUUCUGCUUUACGUGCACACACAUCAUUCUGUGAUUUUGACAACGAGCAACAAGACAACGAGCAGCAAGUCCGAAUCCCCGAAACUGCGAACAAGUAUAUAAUAUGCGACUGAAGUUCUGCUUUACGUGCACACACAUCAUUCUGUGAUUUUGACAACGAGCAACAAGACAACGAGCAGCAAGUCCGAAUCUAAUUACAGCUAAGAUGAAGAGUUUGACCUGCCUUGUUGUCUUGAUGGCUCUCGGCUGUGUUUUUGCCUACGACGUGAAAGAAGAUUCACUGAGGGCACUGUUGGAAGAGUUACGCGGCGAAUUGAAGGUUCGAGAGUUGAAGAAAGCACUGGAAACCAUGGAAGAAGAGAGAGGUGUGUAUUGUGGUGGUACCUUCUGCGCCCAAGGUGAACAGUGUGUGACAGCGAAUGGAGGCAAGAAGGUCUGCUGGGAUACAUAAAAUGUAAUGCAGAAAACAUCGACCAACAAAAACGGAAUCAAACGACAAAAUGGACAUCGAAACAUGGCGCUAGAAAGCAUUGCAUUGUAUUAUGAAAUUGGUCUAACAACUUUUGGGUGGAGGGUACUAUCAUAUCAUAGUGUUUAAAAUGUUAACAUCUAUAUAGGGGUUAUUUAGUUGGUAUCGAAGUAAGUUAAGGGUGCGUUCGUUUAGCUCACCCGGGUCGACACGGGUAAAGGCAGACGGGUCAGCCACGACAGCCGGGCUAAUCGAACGCUCAACCGCGGGCCAUCACGAUUCUCACUUGACGCCCUUAGCCGUGGCCGUAGCCACUGACAAAACGCCCGUUUCGGAUUGGGUCUUAGUUUGAGAUUUACUGCUUUUUAGUCAAUUGCAAAACUCAAAAAAGUUGGGCUGAAAUAGUCUCAAAGUCGCAACGAACUCAAUAAAAUGAUUACAUUUAGACUUCAAAUAAAGUCAACUUUAAGUCCACUUAAGAUUUUCGCUGUCCGGCCGCCAUAUUUGCCGGUUUCAAGGGAAUGAACAAUGCAUGCGUGAUGUACUUGUAAGAGUGACUCUGCUCCACGAGCAGGGUUUGUGGUGACUAACCCGGGUAAACCCCGAGCUAAUCGAACGGCACGAGGCUGACACGACGUGUCAACCUGGGUGAGCUAAACGAACGCACUCUAAAUGAGCACCCGUCCUGAGGCCUGGCUGUGAAUUAAUUAUAUUUGUGUACAUUUCUCCCCCAGAAUUCAAAAAUAUUAUAACUGAGACAAUAGCCCAGGAGUUAAAUAGCCAAAAACAAUUCCCUCUGUUCAUAAAAUCAUGUUUAAUUAGAAGAUUACUAAAGAUAUUAGUUACUUCGUCAAAACGGAAAAUCUACUUCUCCACAAAAAUGAAGCAUAAAUUAUGUUUGUACACAGUGAGCGCGUAAAAUGCAAAUUUCCAUAUUCAUGGACAAAACUGUGAUGUCAUUCAAGGCACAAACUGCAGUUUCACAUCUGCUUCAGCAUAAAGUCGGCUACGUUUCUGCUUUCGGUGGUUCGUUGUUGUGUGACAGCGAGACAAUGACAAAACGUUUGCACAAAAUAACGUCAGUUUCAUUUAACAAGAAUUUUGAGUUUCUGAAGUGAAAUAACAGCAACAGCGCCCUCAGAUGUAAAAAAAAAAAGCAUGAACAAUUUCAAAAGUUCAAGAAAGUGCACUUUGCAAAUUUUUGUUUACCAAAAGGGAUGUCGGUAGUUUGUAUACCUUCCAGAGGAAUUGAUAUUUGCUACAAAUAUGCUCCAGUAUAAAAUUCAUUUCAAGGACCCUUUUGAGAAGGAAUUAAUUAAGUUUUUGUGGGAUUCCAGGAUGGGUGUUCCUUACUGAUUAACUCGUACUGUAAGUGUAAGUAUUUUCAAUCGUAUGAAUUAGGAGUUAUAGUUUGGUUUAUUAAUCAUUAAUAUAUACUCUUAUCAUAUCCAAUUGGAACGACAUGAAUCGUCUUAAAACUGCAGAAUUAUAUCAAACUGCCAGUGUCAGAACGACAGUAGUAAUGUAGUGCACUGCGAGUCAGCUUGUACACCAGAAUUUUCGGACUGCUUUUUAAAACGCGAUUCAUGAAUGUGUUUCGAACACAAGUGCAGAAACAAACCUUUCAAUGACAUGAUGUAUUGCCAGCAUGUUUUCUAAACAUUAACAGACCAGCAUUUUUUCUUGUCUCAAAAGAAUAGAUUCAUAUUCCGAAAAGAAUAUAAUUUUUUUUUUCAUCUGAUGACUUUUUAUGUCGGGAAGGUCUUUGAACGAAAUAAAACUAAUUAGCUUUUUCCCCUUGUAAUUAAUUAUGUCUAUGCAAGGACAUUUAAGUAACGCUAUCGUACUGCCGAAUAGGUUCUGUAGAAGUUUAAUAUCUACAUGUAUACACCUCCAUGUUGGUUUUGGAAGAACUGGGUUUUCUUCAAAUUCCGUAUUUUUUAAAUAUAAUAUUUAAAGAUAAUUAGGUGAGAGUUGGUUUGAAAUAAAGAGUAUUCAGCAUUCAAAUAUCGGAGACUCAAAACAAGUUGGUUGUCCCACUUUGGGAAAUUUUAACCCAAGUGAAAUCUAGCUUCUUUUACCUUAGACCUAUAUAACCCCUCACUCUCACAGGUUACUUGUCCCUAAUCUAAUUCUGUCCACUGAGGCAACACAAACCCCAAUGCGCCCGUAUUUUAAACAGUCAAUUUCAUACAACAUCGGCCCACAAACCCACUAAUUGUAGAUUCUACCUCACUAUCACAUAGCACCUCGGCCUUACGUGAGAUUGCACCUUCCACCGGAAUGUAUCGUCACGCUUUAGAGCAUCUAUUGUAAUAAAACAAUAGGAGACCCCUAUAUAACCACGCACGAGGCACAGGUUCCUCAGUGCAUUUUUCGUGACCGGAGUGUAUCGUGUUAGUUUUUUGCUCUACAAACAUGAUCGAACAGGUCGAUAUCCUAGAGCUGUUGGCCGGGGCUACAGACGAGGAGACAACCCAAGCGACUCAAAACGAGUCCGGCCCCUCCAACUCCUACAGCGGCAAUCCGCUGGAUAAACCAUCGGGUAAGCCUAAAGGCAAAACCUCGACCAAGGGUAAACGUAAAUCAAACGAUUUGGUUACUCGUAACGAGUUUGAAACCCUUCAAAACCAGCUCACUUCCAUGGCUAAUGCAAUGGAACAGAUACAGAAUUUCACUCUAUCUGAGCCACUCCCUAAACGGGCCAAAACUGACCCGACAUCCGAUGACGAGUCGGACAGCACCCUGAAUGUUAGUAAGGCUGUCGACGAUCUCUUGCAAAACAAAAAGCAAACUGAGCAAGGGGAUUCCGACAUGGCUGUGCUACAAGACUAUGAACAGUUGUAUGAUGAUGGGAGUGCAACUGGGGCCCCAAUCAACGAAAAGUUGGCUGGGCUCAUGACCAAAAUGAUGCGUCAGAAGCUGGCCGAUGACAAAGUCACUGAGAAAUUGAAAAGUCUAGAACGCCCUUCAAAUGUUGAGGCGUUGGGAGUCACCAGGGUAAACCCUGAGGUAUGGAAUACCCUUAAACCAAAGACCCGUUCGCUAGACAUUAAAAUGCAAAAGGCCCAACAAUCCCUUCUAGCAGGUGUGGUGCCUAUUGUGCGGGCAAUUGAAUCACUAAUGGCCACGGCUAACGCCCCCUCUGCGUCCGAUAAACUGGACAAUGCCAGAGUCGAGAUUAACCGACUACUUGACGCAGUCUCCAUGAUUGGGCAUGCCAAUCGUGAACUGAAUCUCCGCAGACGAGAUCUCAUUAAACCCGAUUUAAAUCAACAAUUCGGGGGUCUUUGCUCUGCCCAAGUACCCAUAACUGGACUGUUAUUUGGGGACAACCUUACUCAAAAAUGUAAGGACAUACAGGAAACUAAUAAAUUGGGGCACAAAGUCGGUCAACGUUACCGAGGCUCAACGGGCAAACCUGGCUAUGGACAAUUCCAACGCCGGCGGGACACACGACCGUAUCAGUCGUCGAUGUCCCGCGGGAAUUUUCGCCAGGGCGCUUUAAACUACAAGCGCCACAACAACACCAACUGGCGGGACAAGAAGUUCCAAUACGCUCCCGCAAGACAGUCGAGUGCACCAAACAAAUAGAUCCGUGCACUUCGAUAGACGUCAUCCAUUGCGACAUCGACUGAGGCUUGCGGCCUGUCUCUUGUCAGGAAGACUUUGCGAAUGCAAGGCAUUUCAAGCGAGUCUGCCGACAUCAUCAUUGCAUCUUGGAGAGAUUCUACCAGGAAAUGUUACUGGUCUGCCCUCAAAAAAAUGGGUUUCGUUCUGUAUUAGGACAAAAACUGAUCCAGUUCGAGCAACUGUACAGUCAGUAAUUUCCUGCCUCACUGAACAAUUUCACGAGGGCAGUGGGUACAAUAGCCUGAACACAUUACGCAGUGCCUUAUCUGCAGUAAUCCCCGAAGAGGGAAUGACUGUCGGAUCACAUCCUCUCGUCAAGAGAUUUCUGACGGGUGUUUAACCUCCGACCUCUGACACCAAAAUACUCAUGUACAUGGGACGUUAAAGUAGUUUUAGACUACCUCAAAAAUUUGGGUCCCAAUGAUAAAUUAUUACUUAAAGACCUUACUAUGAAAAUGGUCGUACUUACUGCCCUCGUGUCGGGGCAACGUUGUCAAACACUGUCUUUACUUAACCUCGAUAGUAUUCAGGUUACCACAAAUGGUGCUGUGUUUGUUAUUGAUAAAUUAAUUAAGACCUCAAAGGUCGGGAGACAGAACACUAAUGUUGCAAUGCAACAGUAUCCCCAAGACCACUUGCUAUGUGUUGUAACUUUACUGAAAGAGUAUCUACGCAGAACACAUGCCAUACGGGGUACCAAAAGAAAGCUGUUUUUGAGUUAUGUGAUGCCACACAAAGAAGUUGGCGCACAAACAAUCUCCAGGUGGAUAAAAUCCACGCUUGGGAAUGCAGGUGUAGACAUCAACACCUUCUCAGCUCACAGCACAAGAUCAGCAUCAUGCAGUGCCGCCUAUAGACAGGGAGUACCGGUAGAAAUCAUCCUGAAGACCGCAGGCUGGACGAAUUGUUCAACAUUUGCAAAAUUCUACAAUAAACCGGUUCAGGCUUCCAGUUUCACUAAGGCAGUUUUGGACUGUGCCACUGCCACGGUACCUUAAGAAUAAUUAAUAAACAUUAUUCAUGCUAACUGUUUAUCAUACAAACCAUGAUAUUUGUCGAGACCUGUAAACAGUCUCUGUUUAUGUCAAUUCAUGAUUGGGUUUCAAUUAUUUUGUGCUGACUAUAAUUGCUGCGAAGCUUCAGCAGAGAACAAGUCAAAGUGCACGUUAAUUUUAUUUUUUGCCUUGAGCAGAGCCAGGCUUUAAUUCAUACUGUUAUAAUUAUCGAAUAACUUCGUUAAACUGAGUAUAUCAUGUACCGUUAUGUACUUAUACGUUGGUUCAAAUUUGACCAGAAUAUCUGAGGUGAGGUUGGUUCAACCUUUUCAGUAAUUACGGAACAUGUUGAAUUAAAAUAAAUUCUGUACCACGCUGUGCAAAUGCGCAAAAAUUGAUCAUGAGAAAUAAACAUGACAUACUUGUAUUACGGCAGACUGAAUUGUUUGUUCUUUUGUUCUUGCCGUCAACUUGUACUCUAAACCUCUCACGUAAGGCCGAGGUGCUAUGUGAUAGUGAGGUAGAAUUUAAAAAUUAAACGAAAGAAAUGAAGUUUAAUUGUAAUUCUAUCGAAUCUAUCACUAGCACCGAAGGACUUACGUACCCGCCCAUGGUCCUUUGCCAAGAAACAGGCAUAAUGUUGGGAAACCCAUCCCUUUGGAAUUGACGGCAUAUUCAGAGUACACUGUACCCUCAAAAUGCACUGAGGAACCUGUGCCUCGUGCGUGGUUAUAUAGGGGUCUCCUAUUGUUUUAUUACAAUAGAUGCUCUAAAGCGUGACGAUACAUUCCGGUGGAAGGUGCAAUCUCACGUAAGUCCUUCGGUGCUAGUGAUAGAUUCGAUAGAAUUACAAUUAAACUUCAUUUCUUUCGUUUAAUUUUUAAAUUA